UGUGGUUGGUGAGCCACAGUUGCCGCACAAUUGAUCAUCUUGUUCAAGAUGCUGUCCGCCGCUCGUCGCUUGCCGGCUGCGGCUGUGGCUCGUCGCGCCACCGUCUCUGCAGCUCACCACCACGUUCCUCACGCUAGUGCUGCACCUCAGAGCCGCACAUUUCUAGGAUUGCGUGACUUGAUUUUCGGUAGUAAGAAGCCGUCGGAAGAGGAGCAGGAGUCCGCUAAGGCUAUUGCAGCGCAGCAACAACCGAAGCCGACGGAGAGCAACCAGAAUCAAACUCAGCCUCAGAAGCCCAACAAGGAGAAGGAAUUGGUGGUCGGUAGCUUAGAUGCCACUUCGUACAAUGUUGGCAAGCUCGCCAAGCUCGCGGAUGGCGCCGUACUUGCGUCUUGUGGCCGGACCGUGCUGCUCACGACGGUCGUGAGUGGCGACCACAAUGGCAACCCGUCAGCCAAUGGAAGCUCAGCCCAUCGUGACUUUCUGCCACUCACUGUGGACUUCCGCGUCAAGUCACACGCUGUGGGUCUCAUCCCGGAUAACCAGAAGCGCCGCGAGUUCACCGGCAACGACGAGGAAAUACUGCAGUCUCGCGUAGUGGACCGCUCCAUCCGUCCACUGUUCCCACGCGACUAUUGCGAGGAUACGCAAGUGCUAGCGACAGUGCAGUCAUAUGACCCUAACAACGACCCGCUCGUUGUGGCCGUCAACUCUACGUCGGCGGCGCUGAGCAUGUCCGACAUCCCAUGGAAUGGACCGGUUGGCUGUGUGCGCGUAGUUGAGGUGGAUGGGCAUUUGGUGGUCAACCCCACUGCUCCGCAGCGUGAAGCAGCUACGAUGGACGUUCUGUAUGCUGGUACGGCCGAGCGUGCUGUUAUGGUGGAAGCGUCAGGCGACGAGGUGACGGAGGCGCGUCUUGAUGAGGCGCUGGAUCUGGCACACUCUAAUGUUCUGUCAGCGAUUGAGGAGCAGAAGAGACUAGUAGCAGAACAUGGCAAGACGAAGCGCGUGUACUCGCCGCUGUUCAUUCCGCCGGAAGUGUGGGCCAAGGCAGAGGAAUUGGGACGUGCUGAUGCCGAGGCGUUGAUCGCGAGUGGCCGUGUCAAUAAACUUGCUCGCCAGGAGGGAGAGCGUGAGGUUUACAACAAGAUGCUCGCUGGUAUGCGUCAGCACUUUGAUGACGCGAGUCCUCUUGUGAACGACGCUGCCAUCCAGCGUGCAGCUCACGACACGUUCCAGCGUGUGCUGCGUGAGCGUAUUCUGGCCAUUGCGUCGGAGACACAGAAGAACAGACCUGUGCGACUCGAUGGCCGACCUGUUCGCAUCGUGCGUCCGCUCGAGAUGGAGGCUGCUGUGCUGCCCAUGGCCCACGGUUCCUCUUUAUUCGCACGUGGUGAAACACAGACACUGUGCUCCGUGACGCUGGGGCCUCUAGAGCGUGGCAUUCGUCUUCGUGGUGCACUGCACGAAGCUCGUGAACAGGCUGAGCCUGAUGCCCCCGCGCCUUUCAAGCACGCCAUGCUGCAUUACGAGUUUCCACCAUUCUGUGUGAACGAGACCGGCCGAGUUGGAGGAACCAACCGCCGUAUGAUCGGCCAUGGCGCUCUGGCCGAGAAGGCCGUGCUGCCUAUUCUGCCGUCUAUUACCGAGUUCCCGUACACUAUCCGCAUGACCUCAGAGGUGGUGGGUUCCGACGGCUCGUCCUCUAUGGCUACGGUAUGUGGUGUUUCUCUUGCCCUCAUGGACGCUGGAGUUCCCGUUCGCCGUGCUGUUGCAGGUAUCGCCAUCGGUCUCGUUACUGCUGGUGACCCAUUUGCGGGCCAGGAGAAGCGCAUCGAGGAAGGUGGUUACCAGUUGGUGACGGACAUCCUUGGCUCUGAAGAUCACUACGGUGACAUGGACUUCAAGGUGGCAGGCACGACGUCUGGUGUGACAGCUAUGCAGCUGGACGUGAAGCUUCCCGGCGGUGUACCGCUUUCCGUGCUGAAGGAGGGACUGCGCGAAGCCAAGCAUGCCCGUCUGCAUAUCUUGCGUCGUAUGAGCAAUGAGCUUGCUGAGCCGCGUGCGUCCCUCAAGUCCAGUGGCAGUGCACUGCCUAACGUGAGUAUGGAGUGCGUGAUCCCAACGAACUUGAUUGGAGCACUGAUUGGUGUCGGAGGCAGCAACAUCCGCGACCUCGAGUCGCGUUUCAAUGUCUCGGUGAGCAUUGUGGAUCGCCGUGAAGGCAUUGUGCGCGUUGUGGGUGCAGCUGGAGACGCGGAAAAGGCUCGCGACUGGAUCCAGACAGAACUCGCGGACUUUGCCAGCACAAGCCCACGUGGAAACAACAACGACAGUAACAACAAUCGUGACAAUGAUAACCAAGGCUCAAACAAGGAUCGGGCAUUCUUCUUCCGUAAGGGUGAGCGCUACACCAUGCGUGUAACGCAGGUCAUGGACUUUGGUGCUAUCCUCGAGUCUUCUUCUGGUAAGCGUGGUUUCGUGCACAUCUCGGAGCUCUUGCGCGACAAGGUAAGCAACAUUCACGACGUCGUGUCAGAGGGACAGGAGAUGGAGUUCGAGUGUCUGCAGGACGGAGCGUCCGGUAAGAUGUCGCGUCGUGUGCUGUUGAAUACGGACGCUAGCGAGGACGCUUCUACUACAUCGGAGAACUCGGAACCGAUGACGCCACGUGCCAACCACCACCACACGCGUCGACCUUCAACACCUUCUAGUGCGUCUAAGCGCCGUCCUAAGACCUCUCGUCGCCCUCGUACUCAGUCCAAGUAGAUAGACAUCGAACAUGAUAUCUCUCCUUAAUGGUUUAGAGCCCUCAACACAACAGAAACAAGAAACAUAAGGCAUUCUUGUUGAAGUGAACUUUAAAUUGUUAAUACUACUAGUAGUACACUCCGCGA